CAUCACACCACUCCACCACCCACCAAUUCCCCUUCCCUCCCAUGGCCGGAACCAAACGCACCUGGGACGGUCAAUCACUCCACGACGAACCCACCAACGCCACCAUUGAAACGCGCCCCCCAACCCAAGACCAGCCCACCAUGGCAACCCAAGCCACAGAAGACCAACCCCAACCAACAAACCCAAUCAUCUCCAUGUUCGAGACCUUCCGCGACGAACUAGACGAGCACCAUGACCGUCGCGAACGACUGAUAAAAACCAGUCGGGACAUUACAGCUCUGAGCAAGAAGAUCUCCGGAAUCCAAGAAUUCAUCGAAGCGCUCUCCUUCCACCACUACCUCACCACGCAGACUCUGAUCACGCUCCCGGAGGUGCGCGCGCAUUUACCUCCCCAGAUCCUCGUCACGGAGGAGGAUUAUCUCCUGGGGUUGUUUGAUUUGACGGGCGAGAUGAUGCGGUUUGCGGUUACGGCGUUGUCGGCUGGGAGUGCGGAUGCUGGGGCUGGUGGGGAGGAGGCGGUAGGGCUGGGAGAGGAGCAGAGAGGUAUUGUGGUGGAUUUGAGGGAUAUGAGGAGUGGGUUUGAGGGGUUGAGUGUUCCGAGACGACAUGUUAUGUUGAAGGAUAUGGGGAAGAAGGUGGAUGUUAUGCAGGGGAGUGUCGAGAAGGUGGAACGUGCUGCGUAUGGGAUUUUGGUUAGGGGGAGGGAGAGGCCCAAGGGGUGGAGGCCGGAUUUGGUUGUUGCUGGUGGAGGGGGUGGGGAGGAAGGGUAUUGAUUACUUUUCCCUCCCCCUUUGUUUCGUCAUUGUUUGUCGGUUGCAGGUGGGUGUAUGGUGAUGUGUAUAUGCCGCGCUAUAUCCCGGGGCCAUAACCCAAAGACCACAAAGCACACAAAACAUCAACAUCAAUAUGAAUAUCAAUCAAUACAAUCACUAGUCCAUGUGUGACUACCCAUUACCGAACCCACACCCUUCAUCCAUAUAGAAGAGAGUCAUAAAAACCAAUCACCACCUAACGCCCUUCAUCCCUCAUCCCUCACCCCGAAUUAAACAACCGGAAACCUCGGAUCCUCAUCCUCCGUCAAAAUGCCCUGCGAGAUCA